AUGGCUCUCUCGUGUGGCGGAAGUUGCCUGAAAUGCCUUGUCUUCUUCUUCAAUGCGAUUGUUUUUCUCGGAGGCAUUGUGAUUAGCGCCUUUGGCAUUUACAUGCUGGUUCAAGCCAAACAGUCAGCUGGCUCGGUUUCCGUUACUCUGCCAGCCUUCAUCACGGCCUUCGGUCUGCUUAUUUUCUUGCUCGGCUUCUUGGGCUGCUUUGGAGCCUGCUACGAAAACAGGUGCAUGCUGAAAUUGUUCGCUGUCAUUGUUGGUGUCUUGCUGGUGGCGGAAAUUGUGUGUGGAAUCAUCCUGCUUGUCUAUCGUCACUCGUUUGUCGACAUGGUGGGAAAAGAAAUGCAAAACAUUAUCAAGUCACUUUCCAACUCCUCUAAUUUGGAAGUCGAAAAAACAAAGGAGGCGCUAGAUAAGCUCCAAAGUGAGCUCAAAUGCUGUGGCGGUGUAAAUGCAUCUGACUGGACAACUGUGCCCGCAUCCUGCUGCACGAACGGAAGACAAAAGUGUACAAACCCCUACCCGACUGGCUGUGCACAAGCCAUGUACGAGUACAUCAAGACCUACUCGUUGGCCUUCGGCCUGAUAAUCCUGAUCUUGUGCCUGAUUCAAGUCGGUGCCAUCAUCUGUGCCGUGUGCCUCGCAAAGAAGAUCAACGAAUACGAGAAGGUCUAA